AUGACGAAGCAGGGAGCGCGCGAACCUGCACGCCCAGCACAAGCUACAGGUCACUGGUUUUGCAAGAGGAAUCCUGAGGACUACGUUCGAUCUGUUCACGGAUUUACCCGUGACCCUUCCAGCGAUGAAGAUUACGUUGAUGACCCUUUUACGACGAUAGACGAUGUAGCGAAUGAAGAGGCCGACAUGGAGAGCGACGAGGAGAUUGCUGACGCCGCCGUGCCUAACGAAGUGGAUGUGGAGGCAAAGGCGCGCCAUCGGCUGUGGCGGACCCGGGACGUGGUGACGCGGCAUUGGGCACGCGAGGUGAAUUUGGCACGACUAUCGCCGCGACCAGCACGAGUGGAGUGCGUGGACGCGGGUGUUAGUGCUGCAACCACGGUAAAGGACGACGCUCCAGAGUCAGUGGCAGACGACAGCAAUGAUAGUGCGGAUCCGGGGACGCACGAAUCAAAUGUGGACGAAGGUGACGCUGUUGUGGACUCGAAUGUGGACGAAGAUGACGCGAAUGUUGAAGAUGGUGACGCGGUUGUGGACUCCAAUGUGGACGAGGGUCACGAUGAAAAUGCACUGAAUGAGGGUGGUGAAACGGCUAGCGGUGUGGGAGAUUUUAUCCGUGAGUAUGUUCACGCCGCUCGGACCGAUGCUGAGGAAGAGCGUGAUAAACGGAAGAAGCGACCUGAGUCGCAGCGUAGAAAACAUGCCCCGAAUUAAGAAGCUGGAGAGACAUCGGGGAUGGGUGUACGUUUAAAUGUGCAUGGACCGACCUCACAAACCGCGUUUGUACUGCGACAUUGGUGAAGCACCUCAGAAAGCGACGGCAAACAAAAACGUUCGAAGCUCGUGAUGGGAGAGUGAAGGCACGUUAAACUCAAGCCAGGUUUGCCGAAGAAGUCGUUCAAGAGCUGGGAAGAGUUUGAGCAAGUGCUUUACCUUGACGAGGCCAAGCACUUCCUCCAUUUCCGCGUCCAGAGCUCCGAAACCGGAGCCAAGAACAACAGGUGCAAAGUUACGGUGGUGGAGAAAGAGAUGAGUGUUACUAACAUGUUAAAGGCUAAUGUGUUACUCUCUAUGUUGCUUGUUUUGUUG